UGAAGGUGAAUAUGGUUAUCACCGAUUAUUGUAUGCCAGGGAUGACCGGAUAUGAACUGCUCAAGAAAAUACAGGUGUUUAGAAGAAGGUGCAGAGGAAUUUAUAAUAAAGCCAGUAAAGUUGUCGGACGUGAAGCGUCUGAAGCAUAAUUUAACGAGAGAAGAGGGUCAGGCAAAUGAACCCAGAUGGUCCUACAAGAGGAAAUUGCAAAAUGGACCUUCAUCGCCCCUGUCAUCAUCACUCUCCUCAUCGUCCACCUUCACCUUGUCAUCUCCAUCGUCGCCGGAGUCACCUUCAAGGCGAGUUAAAGUAACUAGCGGCGAAUAACUCUU